AUGUCGUGGUCAGCGGAGAACCAGGGCUCCAACGCGGACGACAUCACGUUUCCUCCCAGCCAAACGUCCGCGCCGUCGAUCAAUUUGGCCUCGACAGGUGCGGCCCAGACCAGCGAAUCGAACGACAGUGGACCCCCGCCAAACUCGAACAACGGCGAGGACGAGGCCCGACGCGAGGAGGACCUCAACUACCGACGCACACACGGCUCGUGCAUGUACUACCCGACGGACGACCGCCAUCCGUGCCAGCUCCAGCGGUCGUGCUACGAUUGCCUCAACUUUAACAUCACCACGGAGCCCGAUGGAUGUUUCGUCAACCCCAUGGGCCAGUGUGUUUCAAUGUCACAAUACGAUCCUGCCAUGGAUUUCCGCCAGGGAACCCCUUCGAACCAACUCGCAGCGGAAUUUGUCACUGCCGGAUACAAUGGCACAAGUGGCAACAGCUCCGAGCCGACUACCGCAAGUGGCCAAGACGAAAACCAGCAAUACGAUUUUGUUGCUGGCAAUGCCACCUACUGCGAAAACGACGACGCCCAGUGUCUAUUAUGUCGGGCCACUGCAUUUGCCGAAAUUAUCUAUCAUCAUUCCGAUACUUCGCGGUCGAGAUACUGUUUCGGACAAAAUGGUUGCGUCUGUGUGGCAAUUUGCGAGGCACUGCAAGUGAACCACCAAAGGCCGGACAAAAAGUGUAUGGUGAACGCUAUGAGCACAAAUGACAGGGAUACUUCAGUGAACCAGUUCGGAUCCAUUGCCGCCAUUUUAGGUGCCAUGUGCUUCAUCGUGGCUUCCGUUUUUGUCAUUUACCGUAUCCGGAAACGAGGUGAAAGUUCGGCCUCCGAUGGAGAAAAUGACCAAACAAGUAGCAACAGAUAUCACAACCGACGGGGUAGCAAUGACGACGAUCCAGUGGUCACUCCAGCGGACGGAGCGUCGCCUAUUGCAACAGCUACGCCGAGAAGUGGUGAUCCAGAAGGAACAGAAUCAAGCGGAUGGGAUUGA